ACACAGCAGACCUUAUUUUCCUGUGAGACUGUGACAGAUUCAGCAGGGACGCUACUGGGAACGGGACAUACCAGGGCUCCAGGACGCAGCCCCGUCUAGUCCAGUCACCUGUGCCUUCUGGCACUGAAGAACCAGGAUCUAUAUAUAUAUAUAUAUCUUCUGUUCAUUUUUGGAUUACCACCAUGGGAACUGUGAGUGAACUUUGUGCUUCCAGUUUCCAGGCUUUUCUGUGCCCAAGCAUCAAUAAUAAACCAGUUCCUGAGGACCUUACUCCAGAAGAAAGACAGGAGCUGGAGAACAUUCGCCGGCGCAAACUGGAAUUGCUCCAGGAUAUUCAGCGUCUGAAAGAUGAGAUAGCAGAAGUCACGAAUGAAAUUGAAAAUCUGGGGUCCACAGAGGAGCGAAAAAACAUGCAAAGGAACAAGCAGGUAGCCAUGGGUCGAAAGAAAUUUAAUAUGGAUCCCAAAAAGGGGAUUCAGUUCUUGAUAGAGAAUGACUUGCUGAAAAACACCUGUGGUGACAUUGCUCAGUUCCUGUACAAAGGGGAAGGCCUGAAUAAAACUGCAAUAGGUGACUACCUUGGAGAGAGGGAUGAUUUUAAUAUUCAAGUUCUUCAUGCAUUUGUGGAGCUCCAUGAAUUCACAGACCUCAACUUGGUGCAGGCUUUAAGGCAGUUUCUGUGGAGUUUUCGGCUACCAGGAGAAGCCCAGAAAAUUGACCGCAUGAUGGAAGCAUUUGCACAAAGAUAUUGCCAGUGUAACCCAGGGGUCUUCCAGUCAACAGAUACUUGUUAUGUCCUCUCCUUUGCAAUCAUCAUGCUUAACACCAGUUUGCACAAUCCCAAUGUGAAGGAUAAGCCCACAGUAGAGAGGUUCAUUGCUAUGAACCGUGGCAUCAAUGAUGGUGGAGACUUGCCAGAAGAUCUACUCAGGAAUCUGUAUGAGAGCAUUAAAAAUGAACCCUUUAAAAUCCCAGAAGAUGAUGGGAAUGACUUGACGCAUACAUUCUUCAACCCUGACAGAGAGGGCUGGCUUCUGAAGCUUGGAGGUGGUCGUGUUAAAACAUGGAAGAGGCGGUGGUUUAUCCUCACAGACAACUGCCUGUAUUAUUUUGAAUACACCACAGAUAAGGAACCUAGAGGAAUUAUUCCCUUAGAAAAUCUAAGUAUUCGAGAAGUGGAAGACUCCAAAAAGCCGAACUGCUUUGAACUCUACAUCCCCGACAACAAAGAUCAAGUAAUCAAGGCAUGUAAAACGGAAGCAGAUGGUCGUGUGGUCGAGGGAAACCAUACCUUCUACAGAAUUUCAGCACCUACCACAGAGGAGAAGGACGAGUGGAUAAAGUGCAUCAAAGCCGCCAUUAGCAGAGAUCCCUUCUAUGAGAUGCUGGCAGCCCGAAAGAAAAAGGUAUCAUCUACAAAGAGGCACUAGCCCAACGUCUGAGACUAUUUGGCACUUGCUGUGAGAAAAAAGUCCUGAGUUGUCUGUUGCCACAGACUGUACCUCUCAACAAAUGGUGGAUUGUGGUCAUGUGCGCAGACAACUACACUCGAGAUUCUAGGAGCUGCCUUUCCUAUUGGCUUCAACCAUUGAAAACCUCCUAAGGCUGCCUUUAUUGCCUUUGUACCCUCUAAAUUAAGGGAUGGGACCGAUUUCCUUUUUCUUUCCGGAAGAAAUUAAGGGUAGUUCCACAUCGCAGUUGGCUUUUGAUUGCAAUUUUGACUCAGCAGGUCUGAAUGUGGCAUCUUUGCAGCCUUUUUUUUCCACCAAAAAUAUUUUUUGUGAAACUAAUUCAAUGUACACUGUUUAAAAAUCUAUGCUGUGUGAGCUUAUUUUUCAAAAUGCAAAGACAUUAAGUCGCUGAAAUCUUCUGGAAGAGGAAGUUGGAUGGAAGUUUGCUUUUGUGCUUUGGUCAUCAGGAACUUCUUCUGUACCCUCCACCCCCAAAAUAAUUUGGAAAAAGUGUAUUUUUUUUUCCCUGCAGCUUGAAAAUGUUUAUGGCGAACCUAAACCGAUGUGGUGAACCAAGAGGUGUCGGAUGGACACUGGGUUACUUGCCAGGCAGAGAAAGAGAAUUACUUUUUACUUGAUGAGGAGUUGUUUUGUAGUUUACUAAGAUAUUUUCUUAACUACAGACGGUUUUUGAUAGUUCUUUUGCAUACUUAGUAUAGGACCACUUGCUUCUUAAAGAAAACGCACGUUCUGGAUGUGACAGUACCAGCACUAGGCAGCCACUCACUGGCUUGUUUGGUGGUGAGACUGGAAUUGUGCAAUCAAUAGCAAGGUUUGCAGAAAUUGUGAUUUUUUUAUUUUAUAUAUUUUUUUUUGUUCCUCUGCAAACUAUAAAGAAAUCCAGAAUGUGACUGACAGUCGACCAGUGGCAGAUUUCUGGACAGGGUCCCACUUAAUGGAGUGUUUUAAAUAAAAGGCGACUGCACAAGCUGCUGCGAGACAGAGCAGUGUUUUUGGGUCAGAUUUUAGUCUUGUAGCUUUGCUAUAGGAGAUUUUUUAUUUAUUUAUUUUUUAUUAUCAUGUUGUCAGUUACAUUUUCACACUGUGAACAACUACUUUAACCGUGCGAAGGGAAGCGCCAGAGCAACAGUCAAAGUGAAGUCAUUACCGGCUUUUAUUUUUAUUGCACAAAAUGCAUAUGUGGUAGCUGAGCACUGAAACAGUCUUUGCAUCUUUCACAAAGAGAAUCUCUUUACCUUUGAAUGCUACUUCAGCUUCUUACUGAGCUUGCUUCAGUUUAGCACGUGGGCAGGCAUUCAGACACCGAUUCUGAUGGUGGGACUCGCCUUAUAAAAUGUAGAAGUUCUGUUAUGGUCAGGAACAGAAAAAUAAAAUUCUUCAAGAUGGAAAAAGGCCGCAGCACCAAGAAGAUACGUAAUUGAAGUGUCACGUUGCUGCACCUGAAAUGACAAAUAUUCUAAAAUGUGUAUUCACUUAGUGGACAGUUGUCUAUAUCUGUCACACACUGCCAUUACUUCUUUUGGUCAUCACAUCUGAAAACCAGAAGACUGAUCCUCUGGAUGUUGGGUCCUCUUGACGUUCUGUUGGUCUACUUGAUGGCCAGCUUUAUCCUAAUUUCAGUGGUCAUAUUUCUUCUUCUCCGUUCACCUGCCUUGUAAGUUCAAAGUAAACCUGUAGCUCCUAAAGUGGCCACACAUACUGCAUACUAAGGUGGGCGUCUCAAGGAGCUGGUGGCCCCGUGCCAUCAGACGUGAAGGUGAGCAGCACAAAUGGAUCAGAAUCCAUCAAAAACGACGAGUCAGCAGUUUAGGAAGAGCUUUGUGUGUUCAGUUGUGUAGACCUUAAAAUGAUUGUAUACUGCCAGAGGUGUCGCUAUAAAGGAGUCGGGUGUUUUUAAGGUAAAAGCAUUUUUUAUUGUUUAUCAAUUUUUGUUUGUUUUUGUUCAAUGCACUAGUUAUUAAGAAAGACUAAAGGAUUUCUGAGACUAGAUGAUUUCUGUCUAUUUAUCAGAGUUGUAUAUACUUAAAUGUAUAGUUUCUUUUAAUUUGUAUGUAUCAUUUUCUUUAUUUCUAUUCACCCAAAAUAAUUCUUUUGACUUCUGCCCGCAUCCUGUAAUCUUGGUCUGCUAAACUGGAAUUAAAACAAAUUGCCUAAAGCAGAGA